ACUCUGUGGAAAUGGCCAAAGUGAACAGCGGUUCCUCCGGCUGUCGAGCCGUGGUCAUGGCGGGAAAGUACCUGUCUAGCCCGGUCCUAAGCCGGAAUUCUGGCGAUCGGCAGCGGAGAAUGUUCCGCCCCCAGCGACUCAUGGUGAGCUCUGAAGCUACCGGCGUGAGAGGAAAGUCCGCGGCUUUGGCCCAGCAGGAACACCAGGGCUACUCCUCCGCUGCCGAGCGACAUGUGCUGACGAAGCAGAACUUAGUUUACCGGGAUGUGAGGGCUUUCCUCAGCGAGGUCGGCGGAGACCCCCGAGAGGCUCGGUACUGGCUAACCCAGUUCCAGAGAGCUAGCUCGGCUCAGUCGCCUGCUUUUGCCGUAAUAGAGGUGGACAGUUCAGUGUUUGACAGCGACAUGGUUCAGAGUCUGGCGUUCGGGCUCUCCUUUCUGCAGCGUAUGGAUAUGAAACCUGUGGUGGUCAUGGCCUGGUCGGAGCAGGUGGAUGCGCCACCUUGUGAACCGGUGGCCGGUUCUCGAUGCAGCCAAGGACUCAUCGAGCGGAGCCAGCAGCUAACUGAAGCCCUGCAUCAGCACUCGGCUACCGUCCUGCCCUUUUUCUCUGCUGAAUCUUUCCUCCUGCUGCAGGAAGCGCCACAAGGAAGCAGUAGUCCAUCAUCCAUUGUCCUGGACACUAGUCUCCUCCAAUGGUGUCUGGACUGUGGGUCGAUCCCUUUGGUUUGCCCAGUGGGGAGGAACAGCCAAGGCUGCUCAGUAAUGCUGGAUUCGACAGAAGUGACAGCGAGUAUUUCGCGAUCACUGCAACCCCAUAAAGUCAUGUUCCUGAACAUUUUAGGAGGCCUCCGCAGCCUUGGGCACAAGGUGAUGGACUCUGUGUCUUUACCUAGUGACUUGCCCUGCCUCUCAACAGCACCUUGGCUUAGCAUCGCUGAGCGCCGCAGAGUGAUCACCAUAGCCAGGCUGCUCAACCAGCUGCCAACCGAGUCCUCUGCAGUGAUUACCUCCGCGGACACACUGCUGACAGAGCUGUUCAGCCACAGGGGUUCUGGUACACUCUUCAAAAAUGGGGACCCCAUACAUCGGUAUAGUUCUCUGAAUGACAUUGAUGUGGCUCGGCUGUUCGCUCUCAUCAACAAAUCAUUUGAUAAAACUUUGAAGCAUGAUUAUAUCAACUCUCUGAAGGGACGACUGCAUUCCAUCUAUCUCUCUGAAGGCUACAGCGCAGCAGCUAUCAUCACCAUGGAGCCAGUGAACAAUGGCACCCCCUACCUGGACAAGUUUGUAGUGAGCAGCAGUAAGCAGGGCCAGGGCACAAGCCACAUCCUCUGGGAGUGUAUUAAGCAAGACUUGGGCAAGCUAUUCUGGAGGUCUAGAGCCACCAACAGGAUCAACCCCUGGUACUUUAAACACUGUGAUGGAAGUUUUGUUAAUGGGAUGUGGACUGUCUUCUGGUUUGGCCUGUCUGAUAUCAGGGAUUCAUAUGCACUGGUGGAGUAUGCCAAAAACCUCCCGGACUCUUUCCAGACUUCUUCUCUCACCUCCUCUCAGCAAUCCCCUCCACAUGCUGCAGGAUUCUGAGCCACGUCUUCCCAGCUGGUGACUCUUUGUUACUGUUUUUUUGUUGUUGUUUUUUUUAUAUGAGCCUGGGGAGUUUGUUUCCUUAGCUUUAAAGACAUUGCACUAUUCUCAGUUUUACUCAGACUCAUCUCUUACCUGUCCUGGAAUUUAUACUUGAUAUUUCUUUAACUUACAACUUAAAAACAUUUUGACAAGUUAUAAGUUGUCCUUUUUACUGUUGGAACAUCUGCAAGUCCUCAGUCUUUGGACUUUUACGGGUUUGUUACAUUAUAAAACGUUUACUGUCUGUACUGUUUCUACCAGACAGACCUUUUACACCCCCGGCUCUAACCCCCGCCACGGCUGAGUGAGCAUCCAGUGUCCAUCCACAACCUGUGAAAGUGUACUCUAAUUGGCAGGGUAAUAAAAGCAGAGCAGACACACCAAGGCUGGAAACUGAACAGUACUGGAAAGGUACAGUAUAUGGGAAAGGGAGGCAUCACACAACAGAGAUGCACAGUGGCUGGUGGAUCUGAGCAAAGACCACAGCAACCUCCCUAAACAGAAUCCACUGACUAUCACAGUGGCAGACAUCCAACAGAGAGUUAAAAAACUGGACAGCACUCGGCCCUGACAUGGUCCACGCCUACUGGCUAAAGAAGCUCACUACAAUCCAUGAGCGCCUGGCAGCACAAAUGAACCAGCUGCUAAGGGAUGAGACUCACCCUGAAUGGCUAACCGAAGAGCGAACGAUCCUGGUAAUGAAGGAUCCCUCAAAGGGUACAGUCCUGUCCAACUACUGGCCAAUAAGCUGUCUCUCCACAAUAUGGAUGUACCACCAGAACAUAACUGAAGUGGCUGAUCUCAACAAAUCCUACCAAUGGCUUGAAAGGGCUGGGCUGAAGGACAGCACACAACCACUCAUCCUGGCUGCACAGGACCAGGCCCUGAGCACCAGAGCCAUAGAGGCCCAGAUCUACCACACCAGACAAGACCCAAGGUGUAGACUGUGCAAAGAGGCCCCUGAGACGGUCCAGCACAUAAUCGCAGGGUGUAAGAUGCUGGCAGGGAAAGCAUAGAUGGAACGCCAUAACCAAGUGACUGCCAUAGUAUACAGGAACAUCUGCACAGAGUAUGGCCUCAAGACUCCAUGGUCAAAGUGGGAAACUUCUCCCAAGGUGGUAGAGAACGAGCGAGCCAAGAUCCUGUGGGACUUCCAGAUACAGACAGACAGAAUGGUGAUGGCGAACCAACCAGACAUUGUGGUGGUGGACAAAGAGCAGAGGAAAGCCGUGGUGGUGGAUGUGGCAAUACCAAGCGAUGGCAACAUUAGGAAAAAGGAACAUGAGAAACUAGAAAAAUACCAAGGGCUCAGAGAAACUGGAGAAGGCUUGGAAGGUGAAGGCCGCAGUGGUGCCUGUGGUGAUCGGAGCACUGGGGGAAGUGACCCCCAAACUGGAGGAGUGGCUACAACAGAUGCCUGUAAAAACAUCCAACAUCUCAGUCCAGAAAAGUGCAGUCCUAAAAACAGCAAGGAUACUGCGCAGAACCCUCAAGCUUCCUGGCCUCUGGUAGAGGACCCGAGCUUGGAAAGCGGAUGAGACCACCCGCGUAGGGGGAGAAGGGAGUACCACUCUAUUCUCACACGGGUGAAAGCGUAAGAGGGUUACAUCGGUAAAAGUAGUAUAUCGGAAGAGAAAGUAAUAAGGAACUUAGUGAUGGUAUUUUGGUUAAAAAUCCACUUGAAAGCUUUAACAAGGUCAGUUAUUAUGUAGUUUAUGGACAUCGUAGAGCUACAGUAUUUUGUGCAUAAUUACAUAGUUAACUGUGUUAAUCAAAUAUGCUAAGUACUUGAUACAGCGCAUAUACAAUUCAUUGCGUUUUUUAUUUUAUUGUGCAAUCUAUGUUAGUUUAUUAAUCUAGCUCUAACGUUGGUUUGAGGACAAUGAAGGAAUAAAGAAACAUCUGUCCAUCAGUAAAGCUGUGAUUUUCUAGACUGAACAAUAUACUGGCUAACAUUGUUUCAUUAUCUAAAUACAUUCAGUUAAAAAAAGUAUCUUGUGUCAUGUUUAAUGGGGAAACAUUAAAGAAGGCCGGUGGCAUUUUUAUGAAAAUAA